GCGUCACAGCAGCACUGGAUGUCAUCAUUUUUUGGUCAAUCUUUGCGGACUGGAAGCAUCCUAACUCAUUUGCAUUUUCCUGAUCAGCAGUGGGUCGGGGCCUUCUUUGUCUUUCUUCCUCCUGGCUUCCCUCCUUUUUGGACCUGCCCCUGGUCUCCUUGCUCAGCAUCCUCAUUGUGCUGCUUCCCAAUCUCUGUUUUCCUCUCUGUCCUGUAGACCCCUCUGUCCCUUUGCCUCCAUUCUCCUUCUGAGGGGACAAUCAUUCAUCCAUGUCAUUUCUCUGCCAUCGAUCUUGGAGCAGCAGUCCCAGACUUCUGAGCAGCUGUCUGCAGGUCUGAGAUUUUCACUGUGUUUGUACUUCAAAACCUAUGGAUUUGGGCCCUCCUUGUGUCAUUUCUUGGGCCUUGGCUUUCCCUUUCAGGAAAAUAAGGACAGAAGAAAUGGCCCUCCACAGAAGCCCUUUCAGUUUUCCAGGCAAAACCUGGCAUAUGUCCUGGAGAGGCACCUGGAAGGUUCUAGCGUUUGGUCAAGCAGGGUCAGCUUUCUCCUGGGGCCACUAGGAAAGGACAGAGCUGGUGGUCCGAAGUCUGCUGAGCUUCUAACAGGGAGACUUUUGUGAAGAGCCAUUUCCUGGUACAGGACAGUCAUUUAGACACUAGGCAGGGCCACCCCAAGUUUGCUGAGAUGCUGAUUGGAAGAGAUGUUUAAUUCUUCUCAGCCCUUCAGGUCCUCUCAUACCUGUAAGUGCUCACGGAGUGGAGCUCCAGCUGCUGGGCAGGGGUCCCCGAGCGGAGAAGCCAAGCAGAAAGCCUUCCUGGGGCAGUGGACUGGGCGACUUUGCGUCAGACUCCAGGACUAGGAUCAAACCCUUGGACCACUCAGACCUCAAUGGUGGAAAUGUCAGGGAGGAUGGGCAGAAGGCUUCCGAGUGGCAGCCAGUGGCUGUGUUUCAGGCAGGCUUGACACAUGGCACCCAGCCCCAGGAAACGGUCCUCAGGAAGCGUUGUCACGGCCUGACCAGGCACUGCCGUCUGAGGCAAUGCACUGAGCAGUGCUGAGGUGCCCACUUAGGGGAGGCCUUGGUGGGAGGGUGGAGGAGGAAGCUGAGGACCUUGCCAGCUGGUGGCCAGUGUGAUGCCUGCAGGGGUGUGGCCCCUCAGGGUAGGCUUUGGCUGUGACUGCCCUGUAGCAACUUCAGGCCCCACAUUAACCCCUCAUUUACCAGCCGGGACACUAGCUGAUCUUCAGGGUCUCUUACAGCUCAAAAUUCAGUGACCAGAGAAAUAGAGGAAGGCACCUCUUGCCCCACAAUGUGAAGCUUCGUUGAUCUGAUCUAGCACAUGAUCUGAUCUCUAAUUUAUAUUUGCAUCAAGAUGAUACACAAAAGUGGGACAGACUCAGAUUUUGAAUUUUGUAAAUUUGUGGAUAUGUUAUAUAUCCUUUCCCCUAGGGACACCACUUACUCAUCCAGUGCCUUUGUGUGGAUUAGAAAAAGACAUCUCAUGAUCAAGGCACUUUACUUCUCUUCAUCAGAGAAAGGCACUAAAUGUAGCAAAUCCGUAGUGUCUGCAGUGUGAAUCAUGCCCCCUUAAUUAUGAUGCCUUGUGCAGUGCCCAACCUGAACAAUCCCACAGGGUGGCUGUGCUUGUCACCUACUGCCAUAGUCUUCCAAACAGAGCCUACAUAAAAUUUUUUCUCAACCAUGGGCCUUCCCAUGUCUUCUAGACCAAUGAUCCUUAUAUCAGAAUUCACGGCCCUAGACAUAUAUGCAGCUCUUUCCUUCCUCUCUCUGUACCCACCUCCCUCCCCCCCCAACACACACACUGAAUUAUUGCAAAUGGAAGGCUUCAUUCUUCAGCUGUGUUGGGAAUAAAAAUGGUUGAGAAGUUCUGCUUUGGGCUCUUGGCCAUGAGAUCCACCCUAUCCCGGAAAGUCAUUAAAACGCAGGCACUGACUUCCUCCUUAACAGACUCUGUUCUGGUAAGAAGGGAUCUCUUGGAGCAUUUCCCAGCAAGGUAAUACUUGGGCUGCUCUUCCAGGUGUCCUGCCCCAGCCUGUCCACGGAUGCGUGCUUGUCCCCGAAAACUUAUGCAAUGAAGGACAUCCGUCAGGUGGCACCUCCAUGCUACCACAAUAUUACCCCUGAAUUCUUGCUUCGGGGCUAGACAACUUGAAAUGCUUUUCAUAUUUUAUUGAAUACUCUCAGUAAUAUUGUGAGAAAGGUGUUAUUAUUUCCCUUUUGCAGUUAAAUUGAAGGCCAGAGAGGUUCAGUAAUGCGUUGUAACGUGUGAAGUCACGCAGCUAGUAGGCGAUGGAAUUAGUGCAGGGCUGUUAACUCCUGAGCGCACACUGUCCUCUCAUGUCUCCACUGAUUAGUUCUAGGUCUCCAUCCAGCUACUUACCCUCUCUGAGCCUCGGUCUUAUCAUGUAUAAAAUGAAGACAAUAACAUCUGCCAUGUUGCGCUAUUUCAAAAGCUAACUAGAACCAUCUGUGGCAGUACCCGGCCCUACGCCUGGUGCAAACCAGCACGGAACUAAGAAAUGUUAGUUCCCUUCCCUGUUUCUUCUCAAGAAAGCUGUCUGUGAAGAUGUGCUAUAGUUUUGAUUUCUUCAUGCAUGUGUGCUGCAACCGGUUAUGGAGGUCUUACUAUGCGCCAGGCACUGUGUUCGUCGCUUUGUGUUUCUCUACAGUCCUGUGGGCCUGCUAGCUGAUGCACCCCCUGCUGUCUGGAGCACAGAGGGUUACAGGAGGAUCGACCCCACCUGAUCCCAUUACAGCAGGGAGGUGGCAUCUGCAACCAGCCCGGGGAGGAUGCUGCUUUCCUGUGGGGGGUCUCCAGGUGCCUAGUCAGACAGCACCGCUGCCCUCCCGUGUGCCUGUCCCCGCCCAGGACCCACUGUGCUCCAGCCAGUGUCACGGCAGGUGUUGCUUCCCAGCACAGCAAAUCCCAGGCCCUGGAUGUUUCGGGCUGCAGCCUUCUGGACGCCCGAGGACUGUGUUUACAGCCCAGGAAGUAGCACCUGCCUCCGGACAACCUCCUGGCAGCUUCUCCACCCAGGGCAUGGGCAGCCGCGAUGCUGUCCCUCCAGCCAAAGUUCCGGCUCCGGUGGCAGUGUACUGUGGGAGUGUCCCUCGAACCAGUGCUGGGCCCCGCGCGCCCCCGGCUGGACGCAGCGACUCCAGGCUGCAGGCUUAUGGAGAAGGCUCCCUCCAGCCAACUCUGAGCGUCCCGCUGGAGAAGCCGCUGCACCUCUUGAGUGGAUGCAGGGACCCCAGCAGCCUCAAGCUGGAUGCCCCCCUGAAGAGCUGGCAGGCCAGGAAUGGCCACCCCAGGAGCCUGGCCACCUUGUCCCUGGGGUCCAGCCCCCCAGCACCCUUCUCCUCUCUGGAGUCUGAGGUCAACAGUGUGGCCCGGGACACCACCCAGAUCAAGGACAAGCUCAAGAAAAGGAGGCUCUCAGAGGGGUUGGCAACAUCCUCCCGAGUCUCCCUGGAUCCUGUGGGAGGCCCCAAAGGAGUUCCUCUGAGGAGUGCCAUCCCCCGGGCCACCUCACAGAGGCUCCUGAGACUGCCCAGGCCGAUGCCUCCCAUCCAGAGCAUCCCCACCACCCCUGAGGCCGGCGGAGCCAAGGAGAAGGGCCUGGACCCACCUGGGAGCAGUCAGGGUCCGCAGGGGCUGAGACCCGGUGCCCAGGAGGUGCAGAUCUCCAGACAAUACCUGCACUGCAAUGACGAGAAGAUGCACAAGUCGCUGGGGGGCAUUGUGAUCCCGCCCAUCCCGAAGGCCGGGGUGUCUGCUGGGACCUCCUCCUGCACACCUGGCUCCCUUCCCAGCUGCUUGCCUCCAGGCCAGGAUGUCCUCACGGGCCUCAGGGUCCCCCGCACACGAUUGUUUCGGGAGAGUGGGCCUCGGGAGAAGACCCCUAAAUCUCUGGAGCCAAGACCUUCAGCCCUGCCUGUGAGAGACAGGUCUGCCGCCCCUGAGAAGCCUGCCCUGCCCUCAUCUCAGUCCGCUCCUGCACUCACAGCCUUCUCCUCCGGCCAGGCCAAGGAAGCCCGCCCCUUGUUCAAAGAGGAGGACCAGAAGGAAAGCAGUACCAAGAUCCAGGUCACCAUCUCCAAGUCUGCCCAGGAGAAGAUGCGGCUGAGGCAGAUGAAGGAGAUGGAGUUGCUCCAGAGGGCAAAGGAGCCAGAGAGGGAGAGGGAGCUUAUUUCCCAGAGCCUGGCCUCCCGGAGAGCCCUGAUGAAGGAAGGCCUCCUCCCCCUCCGGGGCAGUGGGACCGUGUCUGUGCCCAGUGGGCUGAGCAGCCUACGCAGAAACAUCGGUGUCAUCCUGAGGAAGCGGGCCAACCGGGCCUCUCUGCCCAGCAUCCCCGUCAGCAAGCAGGAGCCCAGCUUUGCCCGUCAUGCUUCAGCCAACUCAUUACCUGCGGUGCUUACCUUGGGGUCUCCUGAAUGGGAUGAAGAGGAGGAGGAAUUGGAUCCUAGAAUCUUUAAGGAGUUGAGGCCUUUCUCAAACCCUGAGCUGGGGCUGAUGGAUGCUCUCCAGUGCCUCGAGAGCAAUGACUGGCAGAUGAAGGAGAAGGGCCUGCUAAGUGUCCAGCGCCUGGCGGCCUGUCAUUCAGAUGUCCUGGCUGGGAGGCUGCACGACGUGUCCUUGGCUGUGACUGGGGAGGUCACCAACCUCCGCUCCAAAGUGUCACGACUGGCCAUCAGCACCCUGGGUGCCCUCUUCCGGGCCUUGAAGAAGAACAUGGACCAGGAGGCUGAAGAGAUUGCCCGCUGCCUGCUUCAGAAGAUGGGGAACACCAGCGAGUUCAUCCAGAGAGCGGCCAACCGCUCCCUGGGGGCCAUGGUGGAGAAUGUGACCCCUGCCCGCUCCCUGGUGGCCCUCACCUCGGCGGGCAUCUACCACCGAAACCCCUCAGUCCGGAAAUGUACUGCCGAGCACCUCUCAGUCGUCCUGGAGCAGAUUGGUGCCGAGAAGCUUCUCUCAGGCACCAGGGAUAGCACAGAGAUGCUGGUGCACAACCUGGUGAGGCUGGCCCAGGAUUCUAACCAGGACACCAGGUUUUAUGGCCGGAAGAUGGUGAAUAUCUUGAUGUCAAAUACGAAGUUUGAUGCAUUUCUGAAGCAGAGCCUCCCAUCUCACGACUUACGGAAGGUCAUGGCAGCUAUUAAGCAGCGGGGAAUGGAAGAUGGUGAUGGACUUCUAUCUGCCAAGGGCCGCAAGGUGUCGAGGAGUCUGGUGUUGUGUGAGAAUGGGCUGCCUGGAGAAGAUGGGCUCAGCUCCAACGGCCCUCGGCUGGAGGGGCUCCACUCCUCUGUGCGCGGUGGCCUGGAAGUGACCAAGCAGCUUCGGGAGCUGAUGCGGCUGCUGGAGGCCAAAGAGUACCAGUCUCGGAUGGAAGGCGUGGGGCGGCUCCUUGAGCACUGCAAGGCCAGGCCAGAGCUUAUCACCGCCAACCUGGUCCAGGUCUUUGAUGCUUUCACCCCAAGGCUUCAGGAUUCCAACAAGAAAGUGAACCAGUGGGCACUGGAGUCCCUUGCCAAGAUGAUCCCCCUCCUCAAAGAAAGCUUACACCCCAUGCUGCUCUCCAUCAUCAUUGCUGUUGCAGACAAUCUCAACUCCAAGAACUCUGGGAUUUAUGCCGCUGCCGUGACUGCACUGGAUGCCAUGAUUGAGAGCCUGGACAACCUUUGCCUCCUACAAGCCUUUGCUGGCCGGGUGCGUUUCCUGAGUGGCCGUGCGGUGCUUGAUAUCACGGAACGUCUGUCCGUGCUGGUGGCCUCUGUGUACCCCCAGAAGCCCCAGGCUGUGGAGCGCCAUGUCCUUCCAGUCCUCUGGUGUCUCCUGGACAACAUGAUCGGGAAUGGUGUCCUGCCCGGGCGUGCUGGGAACGUCCGCACAGUGGUUCGCCGGCUGUCCAGGAGCCUCCGGGAGCAGAUGGGGUCCCGGCUGCAGGACCUGGCCGCUGGCCAGCCACAGCAGGUCCUCAAAACGCUCCAGGAACUCUUAGGCCCAGAAUCCCCAUGAGGCAGCCCCAGCCAGCGUCAUGGACAGCGGGGCACCGACAGCAAGACAACUGGCAGCUCAUGCCCCUUUCAACUGGGUUACAGACACAUCUGAAACGGGCGGUCAUUAUUUUUUACCUUAUUUUAUUUUUAUGAUGGAAUAAUUCCCAGUCUACUUUCUCUUAGGGUUCCAGAUGUACAUAGUAUAUUUUGAAGUAGAAAUAAAAGAAGCACUUAUUUUUCUAA